AUGUUGCGGCUGCACGUAAGUGUCAAGACGUUGGCCAACCGAGCCACUACCAAAACUAUUCUGUGCAAUGGGCACAGAAUCAACGUGCCUGUUGACCGGUUUGGAAGGUUUCCCCAAGGUACAUUUAACUGCGAGCAACUAUUCCGGCUUGCACACAAGACUCCAAUCAACCAUGAGCAGGAGGAUGCCGAGGAGGAGACGGAGUCCGAUGAAGGCGCAGACGACACGUCACUCACACCGGUCGAACUUCGCUACGCCAUUCCAGCGGACUGUGGUUGUGCCAACAUCGAGUUCGUUGACGGGGACGGCGAGGAGGAAGACUGCAAUGAAAGCGUCGCUGGGUCCAAGUAUCAAGUCACCUACUCCGAUUCGAGCUGUAUCCAAGGAACCUUCGACCCCAGCGCCUACCUAAACUGUGGUGCAGCCUCUGACACCUACACGACUUGCAGCGUCACCUUUGAAGCCGAUUCGUCCGACUCCAGUUUCCCAGACGAUCAAGACGAUUUUGAGUCGGAAAGUGCUCGCACGGAAUCGACGACCGAAGACGAAGAGGAGCCAUCGACGCGUCUGCUUGCUCAAGAGACUGCGGCUUCAUCGAGCGCGAUUUCACCUCGUUUUACCACCCGCUCGUUGCUCACGCUGGCGAUCGUGGCGGCACUCGCUCUUCAGUAA